CCCUUGCACCGCCCCUCACAGGGCAGCGCUUCCGCUUCCCGCCGGUGCGGCGGCCAAGGGACUCCGCUUCCCUUCCCCUUCCCCUCGGCCGCGGUGGGAGGGCGGCUAUGGCCAGUUACACCAAGGCGGCCCAGCAAUGGGCUACUUUUGCCAGAGCCUGGUAUCUCCUAGAUGCAAAGAUGCAGCCACCAGGAAAAAUAGCAGCUGCGACUGUAAUCAGACUUGAAGGCAGGCAUAAACCUAUUUAUCAUGCACUAAGUGACUGCGGAGAUCAUGUUGUCAUAAUAAAUACAAGACAUAUUGCCUUCUCUGGUAACAAAUGGGAACAGAAAGUAUAUUCUUCACAUACUGGCUAUCCUGGUGGUUUCAAACAAGUGACAGCAACUCAGCUCCAUUUGAAGGAUCCAACUGCUAUUGUUAAACUGACUGUUUAUAGAAUGCUUCCAAAAAACCUUCAGAGAAGAACUAUGAUGCAGAGGCUUCACCUGUUUCCAGAAGAUAUUAUUCCAGAAGAUAUACAGAAGAAUCUUCUACAAGAGAUUCCUCAGCCACGUGCAGUCCCCAAGAGGUUAGAUGAAUAUACACCAGAAGAAAUUGCUGCCUUUCCGAAGGUUUGGAUUCCACCUAAAGAUUUCCGAAGGAAGUAAUAAUAAAAGAAGAAGUGCCAUCAGGAAUGUCUCUCCUCCUUGAAAAAAAAUUCUUCUAACAUGGAAGCAUCUGUGCAUCUUGGUGAACCCUUCUGUACAGAAUGUUUUUGAUGGGUGUUAGCAAACUUUAUUUGGAAAGAUUAUAAAAAUUACUGUAUUUGAAACAGCUAAUAAUAGAUACUAUAUUGUUAAUACCACCUGUACUGUGUGUUGUAUGAUCUGAUAUUUGUUAAUUACAUUUGCUUUAAGGCUAUUAUUAAAGAAUUGAUACAUUUAAAUGAG